UGCGCGCCUUGCUCAGUGGCUGGAGCGACAUGCGUAAGAACGACCAGGCUUCAGAGGAACAGGAAACGAAAGAGUCUUCGAUUUCUAGCUACUAUGAGGCACAAGACAAGGAGCCACUUCUGAGCACCCAGACAUCUUCUCCAGACCAUUCGCACAGUCAAAGGGGAGCCUCAGCCAUUUCCCCUGGCGGACUGGUUUCUACAACUGAAGCCAUUUCAUCGCAUGAUCUUCAACUUCGACCCCUGAAUGAUGCAUUUCCAAUCAAUCAGGGUCGCUUGCAAAGCCAGACACCACGAACGACUGCUUUCGCAGCGGACGCCACUAUCAUAGACCAACAACCUGCUGCAGAUCCCGUAAUAGGGCAUAUGGGCCGGUUGGUAUCUAAUGAUGAGCAAAUUGCCAUGUUUGCUGGGUCAUCCACUGGAGCACACUUUAUUAGCCAAGCGGAACAGCAAGUUCAGAUGCAAAAGAUGCAUGCGGAUGCAUUCCCAAGCUGUACUUACAGCAUGCAUCUUCAUAGUCUCUGGGAUGCAUCAGUGAGAAGAUCUCCGUCGCAAGUCACUCGUGACAUUAUCUCCAGACUUCCUGCCCAAGCUCUCGAGAUAGUGGCUGCAACAAUUGAUCGUUGGACUCCGCUAUAUCCAAUCUUUCAUAAACCUUCGACCAUGGAGAUAUGUAGACAAGUUAUCUCCCAUCCGCAUACAAAAAACGUUAUCAUUGUAUACCAAACUCUCAUUUUGCUGGCUGUAGGGAGCUUAGGCAACCAAGGAACAUGCAUGCGGCACCACUACCAUUAUUUGUGUGCCUCUGAGCCCUACUAUGACAUGUCCGCGUUGAUUCUCGGACAUAUUCUGGACCGGCCUUGCCUCCAAACGCUGCAGGGUCUUGAGAUGACGCAGAUUUAUCUUCAGCUUACCUCCCGCUAUACACAUGCUUCUCACAUUAGUGGAGUUGCAACUAGGCUGGCUCAGAAUCUGGGCCUUCAUCGACACUCGAACCGCUUCAAGUUUGAUCCCUUGGAAACCGAACUCCGACGGCGUGUAUGGUGGUGCCAAUAUACCCUGGAUGUGAUGUCAAGUGCUCAUCACGGAAUCCCGCGUCUGAUCCGUGAUCAGGAUGUUGAUACGGACUUGCCCACUCGAGUUGAUCACGACCUCUUAUCAAGGUCCCAUGUAUCCUUUCCUCUGCCAGGAGAAGCCACCCAAGUUGAUAGCGCCAUGCUUCUCUUCAAACUCGCUCGCAUAAUUGGAGAUACUCUUGAGAAACUAUACAGCACUACGAGGCGGCGUGGUGGUGUGGCAAAAAUAACCAGGCUGCAGGCUGAGCUUGACGCCUGGGAGCACUCUCUGCCAAGCGAAUCAGAUGCUGAAAUGGCUGAUCCAGGGACCGGCGAUCCAAAGAACGAUACUCAGGCACCUGCCAUCUCAUCCUUUUGUCUUGCUUUCCUCAGAGCUACACUCUGCGUGGCAACAGCACACGUCCACCGUCCAGCUCUAGCAUUCACUACAGUCAAUCCACAAUUCCAGCUUUCGCUCAAAGCCUGCACUCGUGCAGCCUCGAAUCUAAUCCAAAUCAUCUCCAAUACAUUUCAAAGCUUCGACGCCCAGCUCGGUUUUGACCAGGCAAAUCACCCUACAAACAAGCAUGUUGAACCGUUGGUUAUCAUUCUACUGUACCCAAUAGGCGCCCAUAUGGUCUGGCAAGCCGGCCUCACCAUCUUGUUCGCUCACUGGAAUGGAUAUACGGUUCCCGACCUGUCGGUGAAUGAUGAGAACACCGUUAAGCAAUGUUCUGAGGUGCUCAGGAAGCUGGGCGGGUUCGCAGAUGACGCUGGUGGCAAUCUGAAGCAGUGCGCAGAUGUCCUCGACCUCCUAUGUCAAAAGACAUUCACAGGAGCAGAAGUUGCCAACUUGACAACAGAGCAGCUGCAGUGGAAUGUUUGGGAUUGGCCUAUGGCAUCUGCACUUGAGCUUGCUAACACGCUUGAUGCAAUACCAUUUGAUCUGGAAUUUUCGACGUGGGAUUCUCAGUUGAAUGACCCAAGG